CAACCACCUAACGCGCCGUAAAAUGGCAUCUGUAGCCAUAGCCAUGUCCUCCGCCUCCAGAACUCUCCUCCUCUUCUCCCCCUUUAAAACAUCCCUUUCCUUUCGUAAAAUUCCUAAACUACCUUCCUCCGUCAAUACUGCCUGCUUUUGCUGCUGCUCCUACUCCACUCAAUUGCAAUCUCAAUUUCAAACCUCUCGGCGCCGCGACGUCGUCGAAAUCCUCCAGCAACGCGGUCUCCUCGAGUCCAUCACUAGCUCCACUAUCCACGACGCCGUUUCCUCCGGCCCCGUCAAAGUCUACUGCGGCUUCGACCCCACCGCCGAGAGCCUCCACCUUGGUAACCUCCUCGGCCUCAUUGUCCUUUCCUGGUUCCAGCGCUGCGGCCACCACGCAGUUGCUCUAAUCGGCGGCGCCACCGCCCGUAUAGGCGACCCCUCCGGGAAGUCUCUCGAACGCCCAGAGCUCGACGUCGACACGCUGCGCAAGAACACCGACGGGAUCCGCGACACCAUCUACAAGAUCCUCCUAUCGAAUUCUGAGAACUUCUCGAUUCUAAACAAUUACGACUGGUGGAAAGAGGUCAGGUUGUUAGAUUUCUUGAGAAAUGUGGGUCGGUACGCGAGGGUCGGGACGAUGAUGUCCAAGGAGAGCGUGAAAAAGCGGUUAGAAUCGGAGCAGGGAAUGAGCUAUACCGAGUUUACUUAUCAGCUCUUGCAAGGCUAUGAUUUUUUGCGACUGUUCGAGAAGGAGGGGGUGAGUGUGCAAAUAGGAGGAAAUGAUCAGUGGGGUAACAUAACCGCCGGGACCGAGUUGAUUCGGAAGAUUUUGCAGGUUGAAGGGGCGUUUGGAUUGACAUUUCCUCUUCUGCUAAAGAGUGACGGUACCAAGUUUGGAAAAUCGGAAGAAGGCGCGGUUUGGUUGUCACCGUCAAUGCUCUCUCCAUAUAAGUUUUACCAGUACUUCUUCUCAGUGCCGGAUGCGGAUGUGGUGAGGUUUUUGAAGAUCCUUACGUUUCUGGAGUUGGAGGAAAUUGGUGAGCUAGAGAGGGAGAUGGGCAGACCUGGGUACGUUCCGAAUAGCGUGCAGCGGAGGCUUGCGGAGGAAGUUACACGGUUCGUACACGGGGAGGAGGGGUUGAGCGAGGCGGUUAAGGCGACCCAGGCGUUGAGGCCGGGGGCGGAGGCCAAGUUGGAUUGGCAGACGAUUGAGGGGAUUGCGGAGGACGUGCCAUCUUGUUCUUUGGCGUAUAAUGAAGUGUUAAAUCUCUCGCUCGUUGAUCUCUCAGUAUCGGCCGGUUUGUUGGAGAGCAAAUCGGCUGCGCGGCGGUUGUUGAAGCAGGGGGGUUUGUACUUGAAUAACAGUAGAGUGGAUGGUGAGAACAAGAGAAUUGAGGCAGAGGACAUCGUUGAUGGGAAAGUUAUCCUUCUGUCUGCGGGAAAGAAGAACAAGGUGCUUAUACGGAUAUCUUGAUUGCUUGAUCUAAUCUAUAUCCUACUAUUUAUUGAGCAGUAAAGUUUUGAGUUUUCGUGCUAAUCAUAAACCAUUUCAUUGAAUGAAUUGAUUCUUAGUUGUCUAUUUA